AUGAUUCGCCUGUUGCUGCUCCACUGGGCUCUGGCCUCGGCCGCCAACGCCAACGUCAACGCCAACGCCAACGCCAACAAAACCAGCAGCGGCCCCCCGGCUCACAGGCUGCUGAUCGGCCUGCAGGCCCCCUGGAACCUGUCCUUCCCCUUCAGCGCCCUGCGGCUGGGCGCGGCCAUGCAGAUCGCCGUGGAGAAGGUCAACGCCAACCCGUCCUUCCUGGGGAACUACAGCCUGGAUUUUGUGUUCCGGAGCUCAGACUGUAGUCCCAAAGAGUCGCUGGGCGGCUUCAUCCAGCAGGUGUGGAGGGACAACGUGUCGGCGCUGUUUGGCCCGGCCUGUCCGGAAGAAGCCGAGGUCACUGGACUCAUUGCGUCGACCUGGAACAUCCCGAUGUUCGGUUUUGUGGGCCAGUCCUCCAAAAUGGACAACAGCGACAUCUACGACUCCUACAUCAAAAUCGUGCCCCCGCUGAAGAGGAGCUCCGAGGUCCUGGUCAAGACCCUGGAGUUCUUCGGUUGGAGGCACGUGGCCAUGAUCGGCGGCGGGCUGGACUCCAACACCUGGGACAAAGUGGACGCUCUGUGGAAGACGGUGGAGACGCCGCUCAGGGACAAGUUCGACCUGAGGGCGGCGGUCAAGUUCGACACCAGCAACCCUCAGCUGCUUCAGCAGAACGUCCGCUACAUCUCCACAGUGGCCCGAGUGAUCGUGGUGCUGAGCAACAGAGAGGACUCCAUGGCUCUGCUGCUGGAGGCCGAGCGCCAGGGCCUCAUGGGCGGAGACUACAUCUUCUUCCUGGUGCAGCAUUUUGAGGACAACCUGUGGAAGUACGCCCUGCAGAGCAGCUCAAACCGCGCCGUCUUACGGGCCUUCGACAUGGCCUUCAUCAUCGGCCAGAAGUCCUACGACGGCUACGAGUAUUACGACUUCUUUGAGCAAGUGUUCGACCGACUGCAAGGACACCCGUUCCGGAGUAACCUGACGUCUGAGAGAGAGGUCAGCCCGUACUCGGCCUACCUGCACGACGCCGUGCUUCUGUACGCCAUGGGGCUGAAGGAGGUCCUGAAAGAUGGCAAAGAUCCUCACGAUGGCCGGCAGCUUCUGCAGAGGCUGAAGAACAAAAGCAGCAUACGAUUUUAUGGCGCUACAGGACUAGUUCACUUUGACGAGGAGGGGGAGAGAAACUUGGACUAUUCCAUUUACGACCUGCAGCAUUUGGGAGACAUCACCAAGUUUGUGUCCAUUCUCCAUUUUGAUAGUCACACCAAAAAUGUCCGACCUACAGCUAUGUUCGGGUCUGUGGUUUGGCCGAAAGGACGGCCGCCGACGGACAUGCCGGAGUGCGGCUUCAACAACGAGCUCUGCGAGUGGCUGUCGAACGACAUCACCCUGCUGGCGCUGCUGGUGGCCUUCCCCGUCAUCGGCCUGCUGGCGGUCUUCUGCAUCGGCGUCCUGAUGCUGCAGAAGCUCAGGCUCCAGACCAAGCUGGGAGACUCCUUCUGGUGGAUCAUCGACUACAGCGACAUCACCAUCAUCCGGGAGCCGUCGGGAGGGCAGGGCGUUUCUGUGAGCACCACACGGAGCCACAGCGGCAGCGGGAGCUCCCAGUCCAGUUUUUCCACCAACAGCUACGACCUGAGAGACAAAGCAGGCAAAGAGCACAUCUACAUCACCAUCGGCCUCUUCCAGGGAAAUCAAGUGGCCAUCAAGUACCUGAAGAACUACUUGAUCUGUAACAUCCAGAAGCCUUCGAUCGUCAGAGAGUUCAAUGUGAUGAAGGAGCUGAAACAUGAGAACCUGGUGCAGUUUUUCGGGGUGUGCAUCGAGCCCCCAAACGCCUGUCUGGUCAUGCAGUACUGCAAGAAAGGCAGCCUGCAGGAUGUUCUGAAGGGUUCAGACAUGGAGCUAGACUGGAUGUUCAAGCUCUCCUUUGCAUACGACAUCGUGAACGGAAUGGAGUUUAUUCACAAGAGCAGCUUAAAGUUUCACGGCAACCUGAGACCCAGAACGUGUCUGGUGGACAGUCGGCUCCAGAUCAAACUGUCUGGCUUCGGCUUGUGGGAGUUCAAAUGCGGGCACAGAAACAAGGUCACCUCAGUGGAAAACCCCAACUACGAAGAAAUGUACUGGACGGCCCCGGAGCUGCUGAGGCAGGCCGGCUCCGCGGCGAACGGGACGCCCAAAGGCGACGUCUACAGCUUCGCCAUCAUCGUGUGGGAGCUCAUGUACAACUCCAAGGCCGGCCCAUUUCAAGACAUCAACCUGGACCCCAAAGAGAUCAUCAUGCAGCUGCGGACGCCUUUCCAGGGAGAACCUCUCCGCCCGGUUCUGUCCGACCAGCUCUGUGACGAGAACAUCAACGCGCUGAUGAGGUCCUGCUGGAGCGAGAACCCGGAGCACCGGCCCCCGUUCGGGUCCAUCCGGAGGCGGCUGAAGGACACCAGUCCGGACAGCCACGCCAACAUCCUGGACAACAUGGUGGACAAGCUGGAGAAGUACGCCAACCACCUGGAGGAGGUGGUGGAGGAGCGGACCAAUCAGCUCACGGCGGAGAAGACGCGGGCCGACAAGCUUCUCUCCAGCAUGCUGCCCAGGUACAUCGCCGAUCAGCUGAUGGCGGGAAUGUCGGUGGAGCCUCAGAGCUACGAGCUGGUGACCAUCUUCUUCUCCGACAUCGUGGGCUUCACCUCCAUGUGCUCCGUCAGCUCCGCCAUGGAGGUGGUGACCUUCCUCAACGACCUCUACAGCCUCUUCGACGACAUCAUCAAGCUGUACGACGUCUACAAGGUGGAGACCAUCGGCGACGCCUACAUGGUGGCGAGCGGCCUUCCCAUCAGCAACGGCACCAAGCACGCGCUGGAGAUCUCCACCAUGGCGCUCCACUUCCUCGGCGCCAUCAAGGUCUUCAGGAUCCGCCACAUGCCCGGCGAGAGCCUCGCCAUCCGGGUCGGGAUCCACUCCGGGCCGGUGGUGGCCGGCGUGGUGGGAACCACCAUGCCUCGGUACUGCCUCUUCGGAGAUACGGUCAACACGGCGUCUCGCAUGGAAAGCAACAGCCUCCCCCUCAAGAUUCACAUAUCCCAGUGCACGGCCGAUAUUCUUGUCCAAGCCGGAUCAUUCGAGCUGGAAGAACGAGGAGAAAUCGAAAUGAAGGGUAAAGGUUGUCACAAGACCUACUGGCUGCUCAACAAACACGGCUUCAACCCUCCUCUGCUGGUCCACAGCUCUCCACCGGCUGAACAUCCAGGAGGACAAACCGAGAAACCGGGUCUGACUCGAGUUGGAGACAAAAAGGCCCCGAAAAUCUUGAGCAGAGCUCCUGUUGCUCCGUCCAUGAUGCCCACAGUGCACGUCUGA